GUCGUGAAGUACACACGCAUCCAAGUAACCAGUACAAGUACAUCUCUUCUUACAUCACAAACAACAACCAUGGCCACCAAAUACGAGUUAUCAAAGACCUAUCAGUACCGCAAAGUGAUGAAGCCGCUACUGGAGCGCAAGCGUCGCGCACGCAUCAACAAGUGCCUGGAUGAUCUUAAGGAUCUGAUGGCCGAGUGCGUGGCACAAACUAGCGAAGCAAAAUUCGAGAAGGCCGACAUCUUGGAGGUGACCGUGCAAUACUUGCGCAAGCUGAAGCAAACCAAGUCCGCCAAUGCCAGUGCAUCCGCAACGGAGCAUAGUUUUCGCGCCGGCUACAUUCGUGCCGCCAAUGAAGUUUCCCGUGCGUUGGCUGCACUACCCAAAAUAGAUGUCGCCUUUGGCACCACACUGAUGACACAUCUCGGCAUGCGUUUGAAUCAGCUGGAACAGCCCGUGGAGCAGCCAAUGGCACUGCAUGCACCCCUGAGCAUCAACUGCGGCUCUGCCCACUCCAGCAGCAGCAGCCGCGACGCCUACAGUCCCGUCUCCAGCGGCUAUGCCAGUGACAGUGAUUUUAGCUCCGGCUCAUCCACGCCCAUCGCCGCUCAAUCUUUGCUGCAGAUCAGCAACACCGACAGCGUCUGGCGUCCGUGGUAAUUGAUGGCGCCGGGCAGUCGUCGGGACACGCAAGCAAUUCAACUGUAGCUUUACAAUGCUUUACAAUGAUCUUCAUUUUGUCUCCAAUUAAGUGUUACGCAGUUUUGUAAGUUAGGUCUG